UUAAUUAAUACGUUGAGAUUCAAAAAAAUUUGAAACACAAGCAGACGCCCCAUCUCCCGGUGAUUUAAAUCUUCAAACCCCAACGGAUUUAUGAUUCUCCGGGAUGGGUGUCCUACCACUACAUUCCCCUCCGGCGGCUUCGCUCUCUGCUGUCCUAAGCUUUUGAUAUUUCAUUUCCUAGUGGAGUGCAUUACCAGCUUUCUUCUUCUUCAUCUUCUUCUAUCUCUGGUCCUUUUCUGAAAUGGGUACCUGUUUGAGUAAGAAAAAUUCUCUCAACGAGGAGGGUUCUGCUCCUGCUGCUCCUCCUCCUUCGGCUGCGGUAAUCCCCUCUGGUUUUGCUAGUCGCAAAGCAGCAACCCUCUCUGGCUCUGAUGCAAAGGCAGUUAAACGAGCUUCUUCGGGUUCUGGGACUGCUGUCGAGAAGGUAACUGUGAGGAAAUCCAACGCCCGUGAAACGGAGAAACCUGCAAAGCCGGCGACUCCUCUUGCAGAUAUUUCAAACCUCAAGGCUGACAAUGAGGAUAAGCUCGGGAAACUGAAAGUAGAGGAGGUUGUUCCUCCAGCCAAGGGUCGGGAGGCAAAUGGGGUUUGCGAUGAUAAUGGCAACGGUUGUCCUCCAAAACAGAGCACUGACGGCGCUGCCGCGCUCAAGAAAGGCAGCGAAGGCGUUGUCAGGACGUCCAGCUGCACCAAAGAGGAGGUGGAUGCCAUAUUGAUCCAGUGCGGCCGCCUCAGCCGCAGCUCCUCCGGCAAGUCCUCCAACGAGAACAACGCUCGCGCUCUGACCAGUAGCGCCAGCACCAAGAGGCACUCUGGUUCGAAGAGGCAUUUCGAGUACCAAGCGGAGAACGAGAAUCAGUUCGACCGCGAGGGGGGCGACGAUGACGGCAGAGGGAAGCAACGCAGCGGUCGGCCUUCUCACAAAAGGACGCCGAGUGGGGACAUGGGAGGUAUGGUGGACUACUAUUAUAAGCGUUCCAGCAGCAGAGAGCGGAAUCCCGAUGAACAACGGGCGAGAAGAGGCGGAGCUGCGGCUGCGGCUGCUGCUGCUGGCGGUGAAGCAAGAAGAAGAGUAAGCCGGUCCCCGGGAAAAAGAGGAGACGCUACCCCGGACAAAAGCAGGUCCACCCGCUCCGGAAGAUACGCUCCCUCUUCUUCGGCUGAUACUGGAGGCAAGCCGGUUGCCAAGAGGAAUAACGUUGCCUCCCGGUCCCGUUCGCCCGCAGCAAGGGCAGCGACGGCCACUACACCCACGGUCCCCACUCCAUCCUUGAGCCGGAACUCUUCCAGAAAGGGUGAGCAAUCACCUUACAGAAGGCCUCUGGUCGGUGACUCUGUACCCAAAUCGCAUGGUCAAGCUGACAACUCAGCCGAUCCUGUUACCACCAUCACUACUGCCGCCGCCCCCACGACCACCACCACCAUAGCCGGUGAUCGAAACAAAAGCAGCAGCAGUGGCAACCACCAGAAUAUAGCAAAGGAUAGAGAAGGAGAAAGAGAAGAAAAAGUGAGGAACCCAUCAGCAUCCCAUCGUCGCUCCGAAAGCUUAGAUGGAAGUGGAAAAGCCAGAGAUAGCCGUAGCAGCAACACCACUGUGCCUCACAUUCGCGAGCAGCUGCUUACCUGCAGGGUGGUGAAACAAGUGUCAAGGCAACAACCCUCUCCCACCAUGCCCAUCUCCGACCACAGGCGACCAGAGCCAGAGGAGGAGGAAGCGGGGGCGGAGGACGACGCCCAAGUCACGGCAGAGUUGCUAACUUUAGACGCCGAGAGCUGCUAUCCCCAAAAGAAACUCACCAGGUCUAUGCUGGAAUCCGGUAAUCCAGCCUCACCCUUGGAUAACGACGUCCGUUCCCCAGCCUUCUACCUCCCACCUUGCGUUUCAAAAGCCUGCUCCAUCCUCGAAGCAGUAGCGGAUUUGAACUCCAACAGCACUGUGCCGAGGGCAAGAGACCCAUUGGAGUUAUUGGACCUGCAUAAUGGCAACAAUGUUGAUGACCAUCAUCACGUAACAGACCGCAACUUGCACAAGUAUGUGUCGGCCAGGAGGGAUAUUCCCCACCAGCCGGCCUCUUCAGAAGGCCAAGAAUCAUCAGGCAGCAACACGGUCCUGACGACUUCUUCUGCCUGGGAGCCGGCCUCGGCGGACUCGACCGAUCGUUGGGUGGACGGCCGCCUGUUCCAGAAGUUCAUUGUGCCGGAAGAGGAAGAAAACUCUUCUUCGUCUUCUGCUUACCGUUUCCAGUCUUUGCCUGCCGGAGUACGGGACGACGCGUCGGAGAAUCUUAAAGCAGCCAGCACGAGCUACCCAUCAUCGGAACAAGACAAACGAGCUGCUGGAAGAUACGAUGCUAGCGAUAGAGCUACCUGCAUUGCCGCCGGCAGAGCUCAUACUGGCCAAAAAUUUAUGCCAGUGAUAACACUGAGCAACAGCAUGAAGAGGGAGGUUUUCCACAACGACCAGAAUGCAAAGGCCUUGAAUCAAUCAUCCCAUCUCUAAUGGGUGGUGGCACACAAGGCAAUUGCUUCGGUCUUGUCGAAACAGUGAUCUCUAACUUCUACAGCCAAGCUCCUUUUAGGGAGCAGCUUUUGUUUUUGCUACAGAUUCUGACCGACUUUGUAUUGUUAGAAGUGGAAACGACAUUUCUUUCAUUCUGAUGACAAUGUUAUCUUCCCUGUUUUCUA